CUGAGAUAUUUGCUAAGUGUUGAUUUGCUCAGAUCGGGUGUGGGGGGUUUUUAAGGAGGGGGCACCAAGAUAGCUAGCAACGGCCCUGUUUGUGUCCUUUUAGAAAACUGAGCACUAUGGAACAGACGCCUGAGCAUGCGCGCCGCGCCAAACGUAGUAGCUUUUGACACAUAAAUAACUUCGGGCUUCGGCUCAAUCAGAAAGAAAAGGGGUGGCUCAAAUUACCCAUACACCCCUGCUGCACACGGAGUAAACUAAGUUGAACCGGAGCAAUGAACCUGUUGAACCCAAACGAAAGGCGGUGCGUACUCCUCGACACUGAGCGGCAGUGUUGCCUCUGCGAGUGAGUUCGUCAUUGUUUGGCUGGAAAGGUGAGACAGAGCUGGUCCUUUCGCACAGCUGUUGUCAGAUCGUGCAACUAUGCCUUCUCCCAUUCCUCCAACGCGUCUCCUACCCAAGGACCUCUACCCAUCCCUGGACACUGGUGCCUGCAGCAGUCCACUGAGCAAGCACUGUUCCCAUGGCUCUACGUUGCAAGUCCCGGCUCAGAGGCUUCACGGCAAAGUCGCCAACCGCCUCUGGUCCUCGGUAAUCCACUGGGAGGAGCUGCGCUGGCUGCAGCCAGUGGGCUCAGGCGGGUUUGGUUCCGUCUACAAGGCGGGGUAUCUCGGAGAGACAGUGGCUCUUAAGAAAGUCAAGACGUGUACCAAAAACCGGCUGGCGUCCCGUCAGAGUUUCUGGGCCGAGCUGAACGCCGCGCACCUGCGCCACAGGAACAUCGUGCGUGUCAUCGCGGCCACCACGUGCGUGCCCGCGGAGUUCGCGGACGAAGGAAGGAGCAUCGGUGCGAUCCUGAUGGGCUUCGCCGGGGACAGAAAUUUGCAGCAGCUCAUCUACUGCGGCACGGAGCAGUUGUCCGAGGAGCGCUGGCUGCGCUACGCCGCAGACAUAGCGCACGGCCUGCGGUUCCUCCACGCGAACGACGUGGUCCAUCUGGACAUCAAGCCCGCCAACGUACUGGUGUCGAACGAGGACGUGUGCAAGAUCGUGGAUUUUGGCUGUUCUGUCAAGUUGGAGCGCGGCGGCGAGACGAGUGUCAUCAACCCGAACCUGAACCACAUGGGCGGCACGUACACGCACAGAGCGCCGGAGCUGCUGAAGGGCGAGGCGGUGACCGCCAAAGCGGACAUUUUCUCUUUUGCCAUCACUCUGUGGCAGCUGAUCACCAGAGAUCACCCGUACACCGGUGACAAACAACACGUGCUCUACGCCGUCGUGGCCCAGGAUCUGCGGCCGCCCCUGAGCCACUGCCAGCUGCUCCUCGCUGAGCUGGGCCGGCGCUGCAGGACCCUGCUGAGCCAUUGCUGGACAGGAGACGCCCGCUGCAGACCGAGUGCUCAAGAACUGGUUCUGCACCUGGAGCAACUGAAGUCGCAUUCGUGAGUGUGAGGAGCUCCUAGUUUCGAAUAAUUCAUUUUUAAUGUUUUUCUUUUGUUUUGCUUCGUUCCGGCGAGAGCUGUACUAGCACUUUAAAGCAACCUGUAUACAGGCGUAAAAAAAACCCGAUGCUGCUGUAUGAAGUUGUCCAUAGAUACACAUGAAGUAGACCAUAAAUAUAGUUUUCUUUUUAAUAUAAUUCAAUUAUUAAUCGGGGUUGUGUGU